CAUAGACUAACCCGCACCAGAGAGAGAGAGAAGCGAUAUUUAUGUAUUAUUUAUGAUCUGAUGAUUUCCACACCGUCGUCAGACCGAUCGAAGCUCUUCCGUCGCCGAAGCCGAAGCUGUUGAUGUAGGAGAUGGAGAACUCUCCCUCCCCGCUCCCCGAGAGAGCGAUCUACGGGUUCGUGCUGUUCCUGGGCUCUCACUGCGGGUUCUUGCUGUAUGUGGUGUGGGCUUCUGUUCCUGACGACUGGCUUCAUUCUGCCGGAUUGACCUACUGGCCUCAGAAAUACUGGGCUCUGGCGGCUCCCAUUUACAUGCUGGUCACUUUAACCACCUGCUUCGUGCUGCUGUUCGGGGUGAAUAUGAUGAACACGGCUCCACUCGCAUCAGUGGACAACAUCACAGACCGCUAUGCCAAGAGUCAGCGCACAGAUGAGGAUCCAGCAGGAGCGAUUCCCACAUUUCCCAGACUCAGAGACGUUCCCAUCAGCGAAAUAAACCGUGUGUUUUACCUGGAUCCCCGCGAGCACUGAGUGUGUGUGUGUGUGUGUGUGUGUGUGUGUGUGUGACGAAUAAACCGUGUGUUUUACCUGGAUCCCUGCGA